GAGACAUUAGGUUAUCACCUAUAGAAAUGUAUAACAUUGAUACGAAGGACGCAAUAGUUGUUUAUCUAUCGCGCUUUUAGUUCAUAUUUUGUCCGUACCUGUCGCUAAAGUCAUAUACGCUGCGAUCGAAAGGCGAGUGAUUUGAAUAUGAGCUUUGAUUCUCAUUCGAUGUUUUUAAAAUAAUCAAUAUUUCAAUGCUCAAAGUUCUCUUAUGGACGUGUGAACAUUAUAUAAAUGCAGGAAAAUGUGCACUUUUUGUGAUAAAUGAUUUAAUAGAUUUUGUGAUCAACAUUGUUUCAAGAUUACUACUAAAAAAAAAGUAAAUAACAAUGGGAAGCUUAGAAUUAAAGCAAAAUUUAAGUGGACAUCGUGGAAGAGUUUGGAGCAUUUGUUGGCAUCCAAAAGGCACGUGUCUUGCAUCAUGUGGGGAAGAUAAGACCAUUAGAAUAUGGCAAGCAACAAAUUCGAAUUGGAUUACAACUAUGAUUUUAACUGAGGGUCAUACAAGGACCAUUAGAGAAGUUGCUUGGUCUCCUUGUGGUAGUUAUAUUGCUUCUGCUAGUUUUGAUGCUACAACAGCAAUAUGGGAUAGAAGAUCUGGAGAAUUUGAAUGCAAUGCGACAUUGGAAGGACAUGAAAAUGAAGUUAAAAGUGUUAGUUGGUCUUCUAGUGGACAUUUACUUGCAACAUGUAGUCGUGACAAGUCCGUCUGGAUAUGGGAAGCAAAAGAUGAUGAAUAUGAGUGUGCUUCAGUCAUUAAUGCACAUACUCAAGAUGUUAAAAAGGUAAGAUGGCAUCCUAAUGAAGACGUUCUUGCAUCCGCUAGCUAUGAUAACACAGUUAAAAUAUACAAAGAAGACAUGAUCGACAGUGACUGGACAUGUAUACACACAUUAACUUCUCAUACAUCUACAGUUUGGAGUCUUUCCUUUGAUAAAACUGGUGAACGUAUGGUUACGGUCAGUGAUGAUAAAACUGUAAAAAUAUGGCAAGAAUACAAAUCUGGAAAUACAAUAGGAAUUUCUACCGCAAAUAAUGAUUCUGUUUGGAAAUGUGUUUGCACUUUGUCCGGAUAUCAUACAAGAACAAUUUAUGAUGUGGAUUGGUGCAAGAUAACUGGAUUGAUUGUAACUGCAUGCGGGGAUGAUAUUAUCAGAAUAUUCAAAGAAGAAAGUGAUUCUGAUAUACAUGAACCAACUUUUUCUAUGAUUUGUUCAAUGAAUAAUGCACACACACAGGAUGUAAAUUCUACUCAAUGGAAUCCUGCUAUUGCUGGUCAAAUUGCAUCAGCUAGCGAUGAUGGCCUAGUUAAAAUAUGGUUUUAUAAUGAAUGAAAUGUGUAUUGUAUCAAUAUAUAAUUAGUAAUAUAAAAUUUGUUAUUACCUAUGUAAUUUAUAUUUUUAAAUAUAAUUGUUUACUAUUAAUGUAAA